CUCCAUUUCCAUCUCCGAUUGUAAAAUACAAAGACUUCCCAGCAUCCCCUCAUUUCUCUUCAAUCGCCAUCCAAGGAAAAACAUCUUCAGAAAGAUAAACUAGGAAGAAGAGACAAAAUGCAUUACCUUCGAGUCCUCUUCCUGGUCUUUUUGCCUCUGUUCGCCCUGGCCAAUCCGGCCCCCGCUCCCCAGGCUUCUAUCUCGCCAACUGCCCUUUCGGAUUUGGAAGGCCUCAUUGCUGGAGCGAAAACCCUACUGAGUCAGGACAGCAUCAAUAACAUCGAGACUACCCUCACCGGUGCGGCCACUUUAUUGGGCGGUUCGACCGCCAACGACACCAAGACCUUGCUUUCCGAAGUCACUGCUUUGCUGUCGCCUGAACUUGUCGGUGCCGUCGCCAACUUGGCCACCGCUGAUAACAUCAAUAAAUUGACCGACAUUGUUGAUAACGCACACACUCUCCUGUCAGCCUCCUUCGUCAACCAGACGACAACUCUGAUCAAUGAUGUCACACCUCUUGUCCAAGACUUAUCCAAGGUGCUUGGAGGAUUACUUUCCGCUCUUCUGGGUUAAAUUGAACACAUUUGAUGAUGGGGAAGUCGAAAGCUUGCUGGCUUGCAUGAUUGAAUGAUUUCAUUGUUUAUUAAACGUUUUAAUUUUGCGAAAUGUACGCAUUUUUAACGAAAAUGUUACGGCUAAU